CUCUCCGCAGCUGCUGAGCUACGGAUGGGGGCGGGCGCGUAGGUUGGCGGUUGGAGCCCCUCAGGCGCGUCGCCCGCGCGCCAUGCUGAUCACGCUCUGCUACUUGUACCUCUGGGCUCGCUGGGGGGCCUCUUCGGCGGGGCUCAUCCGCCGCACGGUGCGCAGGCUGUACAGGACCCGCUGCUCCUUCACCUUCUCUACCUCCUCCUCUUCCUCCAGCCCCGGCUGUUCCCCUCGCCAAACUCCGCAGCGCCGGCAAGCUGCCCACCUUCCGCUUCGCAAGCGGGGGCCCCGGCGCCCCCCGGAGGAGGAGAGAGUCUGCCUGAGGGUGGGGGACAAGGUGUUCUUCACUGACGAGACCCAGUCUGUUGAUGAUUUAAACAAAUGGACGUUGCUUAUUGUAUCGCCUUUUCAUUAUUUGGAUAAAAUAUUGGAAACAGAACGUAUCACAUUUCUAACUGAAAGUAUUUCCAUUCAAGCAGGCGGUCCUCAAGCUGUAAAUUGCUCAACAGAAAAGAUUGUGAAGUGGUCAGACUAUUGUUCACCUUUGGCCUUCAGACCUGGAGAACCUUACAUAUUAUUUGCUGAAACAAGCAUAGAUAACUUCAGUAGCCUUGGGAUAGCAUUCAUGGAAAAUAGACUCCAAAUGGAUAAUGGAAUGAAGCCUCAAAAAAUUGUUUCUGUUCACUUACAGAAGUCAGCAUUGGAAGAGUUAGAACAACUGGCUCCAAAUACCCCAAAAGAGGGAAAUACUAAUAAGAUGCCGCUUGGUGAACUGACUCAAGGGUCUACUUUUGAGACUGAUGCUAAACCAGAAGAGGAAGCUCUUGAUUGUGCAGCAGGUGGUGAUCAAGAAAUGCAGAGAUCAGCAUGUAAAUUGCAGAAAGUAAAUGAACAUCCUGAACAACUUGAGCAAAUAUCUGAAAAAGAAACGGGAACUGGUGAACAUCACCACCUUCAUCUUUCCAGCUGUCAUGAGUGCUUGGAACUGGAGAAUAGCACAAUUGAGUCAGUUAAGUUUGCCUCUGCAGAAAACAUUCCCGAUCUUCCUGAUGAUUAUAGUGGCAAUUCUGAAGAUGUUAGUGAUAAUCUGGCAGGAAACCUGAAAAGGGUAAACCUUACUGGGAAGCCUCCUAAUAUUUUAAUUUAUGUUGGUUCUGAUCCUGGAAAAGUGAAAUUUGAGGAAAUAAAAUCACUCAUCAUGGAAUGUGUAGAUGUUAAUGCUUAUACAGUCUACCAGUUGUUAGAGAAUCAAGUUAUGAGCGUUCCAUGGCUUGACAAUGCAUUGCUGUUGGUCGUUGCUGCAUCACACCCCAUUUCAGAUGAUGUGUCCAAACAAUUUCUUGCUUUUAUGUCAAAAGGUGGGAAGAUUUUGGGACUUGCUUCUUUUUUCACUUUUGGUGGAAUACAGCUAAAAAGUAAAGAUGAACUGAUGGGCAAAAUACAGGACUUCGUGUUUUCAACAGCAAAGAGCAAAGAGGUUAGACUAAAUGUUCUUGCUAGUGGGAAAGUUUUUGAGAGGGAAACUACAGAAGAAUUAAGCCCCAUGAAGCUACUAGGUUACUUGGAGAGUCCAGAUAAAGAUAUGAUGAUUGUCCAUCUGCCCUAUGGAAAUGGUGGUGGAGAAGCCAUUCUUUGUCAGGCACAUUUGGAAGUGAAUGUCAAGGGUUUGUCUACUCAAACAAAGGAUGACUUCAAUUUGCUCAAAAUGAGCAAUGCCAAAAGAUAUGAUGUUCUUACCGAAAUCCUGACACUACUUCAUUUGAGCUGUGAUUUAAGUGAAGUUCCCCAAUUAACUCCUAUUUACUUGCUCUCAUCUGAUAAGGAUGUCCAUAGUUUAUUUUUGGGGUUUCUUGAAAGAAAUAUGAAUGCAGAAGGAUUAAUCAGAUCCAGCAUGGUAUCCCUCAAGUUUGUAUCAUCUUGCAUCAAAGGAACAGAAGUAACACCCUCGCUCAUGCCAGUAGUUACUAAGAUGGAAGCUUUCUCAUCCGAACAUUUCAGUUUUGAGAGAUACAGGCAAAAUCUACAUACAAAGAAGCUUGGGAAAGUGGUUCUGUUUGCUGAAGUUACAUCAACCACCAUGAAUCUUCUUGAUGGGUUGAUGUACAAGGUGCCACAGGAAAUAGGUCUGAUUGCGAUUGCGGUUCAACAAACUAAAGGGAAAGGCCGUGGUGGGAAUGCUUGGCUGAGUCCUGUGGGAGCUGCUUUAUCAACUCUACAUCUCACCAUUCCUUUAUCUUCUGAACUGGGACGAAGAAUUCCUUUUAUUCAGCAUUUGUUUUCUCUAGCAGUUGUAGAGUCUGUUAGAUCCAUACCUGGAUACCAGGAUAUUGAGCUUCGAGUGAAAUGGCCAAACGAUAUUUACUAUAGUGACCUUAUGAAGCUGGGCGGCGUUUUAGUGAAUUCCACACUAACAGGAGAUACAUUCCACAUUCUUAUUGGCUGUGGAUUUAACGUGAAUAACAGCAACCCCACUAUAUGCAUCAAUGAUCUCAUUAUGGAGCACAAUAAGACAAAGAAUACAGAAUUAAAGCCCUUAAGUGCAGAUUACCUGAUUGCAAGAAGUGUGACAGUGCUGGAAAGUCUGAUCAACACCUUUCAAGAGAAAGGACCUAAUGGAGUUCUUCCCAUGUACUAUAAGUACUGGGUGCACAGUGGUAAACAAGUACGGCUUGGAAGUGAUGAAGGGCCUUUAGCGUGGAUCGUUGGAAUAGAUGAUUCUGGAUACCUUCAAGUUCAUGAGGAAGGCAAAGAUGUGGUAACUGUGCACCCAGAUGGCAAUACUUUUGAUAUGCUGAGAAACCUGAUAAUUCCAAAACAGCAGUAAUUUUUGGAUGUGGUGAAACAGCUUCUCUCUCAGACCAUUUUCUAGAGUUCGACUGGAGACUGUCAUACUAGAAGUAUCUAAUCUGAAGAAUUGAAACACUGUAUACCAGGGAAAACAUUGAAUUUUGGAUCAUUUAAUUUUCCUGGGCUCUUGGCCCAGUGACCUGGCUUUUCAUGUUUGUUUGUUUGUUUUCCUUCCAGUCUCCAUGCAGAUGUGAAGGAAACCUUAUGGUCAGCAUGAAAAGCUCUAGCUUCUAAUUUUUGGCAUGGAUCACUUAAGUAGAAUUAGCUCCAUAAAUCUGUGUUAUCCUGUUACUACAGAUUCUUCACGCUUGCACUUACAGUAUACCUUUACAUCCAGUGCUCAUAUUACUUUGUAUCUAUAGGAAGGAAUGCAUUUUGCAGUAGAAUAUUUCCUAUAUUAAAAUGAUAGGGUAGGAUAAGUUUGGUUUACCAAUGCCCCAGUUUAGUAUGGGGUUUUGUUUUUAAGUUGUGGAUGAAUAGCUAUAUGAAAAAUGAAGUUAUAUUAUUCGUUUUGAACAUCUGUUUUAGAGUAUGCCAUAAAAUUAUUUAAAUAAUUUUACCCCUCCUGCUGUCUCAUACCCACAAAACAAUGAUCAAAAGGAAUUUAACCCUUUUAGUAAGGUCUCUCCAUAUGCUGUAUUAUAUUGGAGUCCAAGUCUUUCAGAAGCUUGAUGUUUCCACAACUGACCGCUAGUUGUUAUUUUUUUCUAACAAUAGAUUUCUGACAGUUGCCCUGAUCCUAUAAGACUAUACAGAAUUUGAAUUACUUGGAAGUAUGUUUCAAGUUCACAGUGCUAUUUUGCAUUUUCCUCAGAUUAUGGAUCCAACAAGUGUUCCUGCUUUAAUGGCUAUAGCAGAACCUAUUUUCCUGUAUUAUCUAUUGUGCCUUAUGCAUUAAAUAUAUCAUAGUGUAUGAUACAUAAUUAUAUGCCGUCUCACCUACUCAGUAUGGUCCUCUAAUCACUCUGAUCAUUUUUAUGAUCAGAUGCCAAAUACUGAUGAAUAGAUGAUACAUUCAGCUUAUUGCACUGUUCUCAGAAGCUCCUAGGUGUAUGACUGCGUUUCUGGACUAGGCUGCCUAGGCUUAAGGAACUCACACUCUCAACCCAGCCCUCCCAGGCUAUAGUUUGAAACCAAUUUCUGCAUGUUAGAGAACUGUUGGUAACAUGACCUCCUAAUGAGAACUGCCAUGGGUUCUAAAGGACUCCCUCAUGUUACAUUAAGAAAGUGCCCUGAAAUGCAUGCCUGACAUGUAGCCAGAAGCAGGUUUGUAGGUUAAAGUUCACUUUAUAAAGAAUCAGGAAAUAAGUAGAUUGGCUCAAAUAUAAAUCCAAGAAGCCUUAAAGAAAGCAAAGAAGUUGGCCUGUAAUGGUGGAUUAGCAUAAUCCCUGCAUAUUAGAGUCUUGAGUAGUCUGACUAUAAAUUACUGGAGAUUAAGUUUUCAUUUCAUUUAAAAUGAGGAUUUUGACUUCUGUUGCAUAAUGUUCCCCACACUGUGACAUCUAUGACUGUUUCUUGCUUGAUGGCAUUGUUAUCUAACAAAUGGAAAAGUAAAACAAAUUAGCUAAUUUAAGUGGCCGUAUAUUGGUUAUUUGUUCAAACAACUAAUGGUGAGAAGUAAUGACUUGCAAACCUCUAUGGGACUAGGAAUUCAAAGCUCCUAUUAUUGAUUUAAUAACUCAAGUGAUCCUUAAACUUGAGUUAGUAUAAUAAAAUAAAUGGAAACUC